CGGGAUGGUAAUUAUAUUUAUUUUGUGGUUAGUUUAUUUCGAAAGAAUUUAUUCCUGGUUUCCUGAAAUGUAUUAAAAUGUAUUCUUCACACAAUUUCAAGCAGUCGAAAGUAACUGUUUUAUAUCACCUAUUGGCUGAUCAAGUAUUAUGUUUCAUCAGUGUCUUAAUACUUAUUUCAACAUUACAAUUGGUUAUUGGAUUCAUUUCGCCAUAAUAUGUUAGAUUGUUGUACAAUUACAGAGAAGGUGUUAUGUUAUAAGAGUAAAAAAAGUCAUAAAAUCCGAGAAGAUGAACUAUCUGCAUCUGAAAUUAAGCCCAAGUCCAUUGAGGCGUUGGAACAUUAUUGACAUGAACAAUAUGGACAUCGAAUCACUGUUAAAAUACUUGCGUAAUUAUUUUCAUCAUUCAGAAUUUAAGAACGAAAUGCAGAAGGAUGCUAUCUUAAAAAUAUUGAAAAGAAAUAUUGAUGUUAUCGUGUCGUUUCCGAGUGGUUAUGGCAGGACAAUAUGCUAUCAAUUGCCCUCUUUAAUAUAUUUGAAGAAAAUGACUGUAGUGAUUAUUCCUCUCGUUGCACGAAUAAUGGACCAAGUUAAUACCUUGAGGAAUUUGGGAAUUCACACUGAAGUUAUUUCUACAUUAACAUCUGACAGUGAAAAAAUGCGUAUUUAUGGUGAUUUACAAUCUGAAUUUAGAAAAAGCCACUUUCUUUAUGUGACUACUGAUCAAGCUUCAACUCCGGCCUUCAAACAAUUAUUGUCUCACUUAGUACAAACUAACAAUCUAUCAUAUAUUGUCSUCGAUGAAACUCACUCUGAAAACCAAUGGAUUUAUGGUCAAAAGAAUUAUGAGUAUCAAACACUGGGCAUGUUAAGAAAAAAAUAUAAGGAUAUACCAUGGGUUGUGGCAACAGCAACAGCUGGCGUUGAUGUAAUUGAUUUUUUGAGGAGGGUUUUAUACAUUAAAGAUGAUCCUAAGACUUCUAUAAGAUUUUCGAUUCCGAGCUAUAGACCGAAUCUAUUUUAUGAUGUAGUACAAGAUGAUAUUAAUGGAGUUUCAGUUACUCAUUUAAAGAUCUUCAUUGAAAAUUAUUCAACUGUAGAAAAUGCAAAUCCUGGACCAGACUCAGAAAAACCUUCUGGAUUAAUAUUUUGUAAGACGCGAGAGGUUACUGAAAAAUUAGCCAAAGAUCUAAAACAAAAUGGUAUUUCAAUUGCUGCUUAUCAUGCUGGACUAGAGGAAGUUGAUCGUAAUGCUGUUAAAGACUCGUUUAUGAAAGGACAUUAUCAAUUUCUUACUGUAACUAGCGUUUCUGGAAUGGAAAUUAAUAGAGCAAAUAUAAAAUUAGUAGUACAUUGGGGUUUGCCGUCUAGUAUUUCUGCAUAUUAUUAUGAAUCAGGUCAAGCUGGAAAGGACGGUAACCCAGCACGAUGUCGAAUUUACUUAACAAGGCGAGCAACAUCAUACUAUAAUUCAAAAAAUGAAUCUAUGUUGGCUGCUGCAGUCAAUUCAGUUGAUUCAAUUGAACAAGCUCAAAAUGCAGCAAAAAGUUUUCUUGUGUUUCUUCAUUCUCGAUAUAUGAAAGAUUUUUGUGAAGGUUUAAAGUGUAGACACAGAUUUCUUUCUGAAUAUUUUGGAGAUGACAAAAUGGAGUGCAUUGAUAAUUGUGACAUAUGUUCCAUAAAAUCUAAUGGCUUUUAUGGAGAACGCAGUGCUAUUAGAUUAGACAUGUUACAAAUGGGCAUGAAUACUUACAUAAAAAAUAUUUGUUCAAAAUAUAAUGAAUUGCAAAAAAAUAACAUGCUUACAACUACAGAUGCACUAAAUAUAAUGAAGGUCUGCGAUGAAUUUCUGAAAGCUAAUAAUCCCAACAAUCCUAGAGCUAUACUUACAACUUUCAAUGAUUAUGAAGAAACGAUGAAAGUGAGCAAUACAGAUGUUGAACCUCUACCUUCAUCUUCAAUGAUUGAGAUUGAUGACAAAAAAGAUGAAGACAAAAAGAUGAAAAUGCCAGCUCCAUAA